AGAAUUUGCCGAGAAAAUGCACACUCAACGGGAAUUACAACAACAGAAACUGGAGAUGUUAGUUCAAAUUAGAAAACACAAUUCCGAGAGCCAAUCUGUCAUACUUGAGACUUUGCAGAGGCAGUUGGAGAGUGCUGAUUUCGAUACCAGUGCAUCAAUAUUCACUCCGGAGCAGAUCCAAGGGAUUGUUGAGAAAUACUCCAGUUCACAUAUUUCAAGAGUGGCACCUGUUGAAACCGUCCGCCUGGCUCCCGCGGCGAACAUCGCCGCCACCCCGCUAUCGAUUCCCACCCAAGCGGCUGGCCUCCUUGCGGUGGUGUUCUUCACCCUCUUUCAUCACCAUGAAGCAGAUCGUCGUUGUGCCGCUGUCCGGCACUGGCUAGCUUGCAGAAUUUAUAUAGGCCUUUCAAUGUCCUCAUUAUCAAGGAGUUGUCUCAGAAUCAAUAAGCAAAGGCUAGCUUGCAGAUGUGCAGAUGGGGGACAUGAAAGGAACGAAGGAAAGGGAACGGAACGAGCGAAGAAAGGCUGGGCUGGCUCCAAUGGAGCUAGGACGGCGUGGAGUCAGCAGACGGGGGAGCGCAGGCGCUAGGCAGCGAUCACGGGGCUCCACGUCUACCGUCGGGGCGGCAUGCUCGAUCUGCAGAGGACAUGACGAUGACAGGGGUAUGUAUCCCCUUGAAAGAAAAUCAGUUCAUAGAGCCUCUGUUUGGGUUUAUUGUUUCUGAAUUGUUGUCCCUGUUUCAUGUUCACUAGAGAAACAAAAAGGUUACAAAUUCAUCUAAUUUCAAUGAUCAUGAAGAGGGGAACAAGUGAUAUGUAUUCAAAUUUGUGGUCUUUCGUCUGCCCAUGAUCUUUCUGUAGUACAAACAUUCUUUUUCAUAUGCCUGCAACAUUUGCGUUGAAUUUAUAUGAUGUUGCUCCUUAAUUAUUUACACUGAUUGAUGUACAGCAAUAUGAGUGCUGCCCUCUAGAGGAGCAUCAAGCUCUAACACUAUGCGCUUGCUCAAGUAGAUCGAGAGCAUCAACACCCGAAGGAGAUAUGGAGGGAGAGAAAUAAGUAUUAUCCCCAUUAUUGCAAUGCACAGGCUCUUUCUUUCUCGUUCUAGAAUUUUUAUAACUGCAUUUGGGUGGACUAUUUUGGUUUUUAAGUGACAUUAAUUACAUUUCAUUAUGCUAAUACUUACUUACCUUUUCUAUUUGUUGAGACCAAAUUUUGAGAAUUAAACCAGUAGUGAAUUCAAUAGAAUCUGAGACGCCUAUAACC